AUGUUGCCAAAAGGAUUUUCAGAGAUGAAGGAGAAGGUAAGGCCAAUGCCCCAGAACAAGGGCAUCUGAUUUUCUAAGGCCUAAGAGUAUUUCCACUUGGGCCCUGCUGGUAUUGGGCCCAAUCCCAAAUAAUAUGCUACCUGUCACUUAGAUGUGAGUCGGCCUGGGGUCAACAUGGGCGCCACCAUCCCAUGGAAGCAUCUGGAAAGCACAAACAGAGAGGAGUUGGAGAAUAGCGGCCACAGCCUCACCAGGCCACCCAGACCAUGUCCCUGGCACCCUAUAGGCAUCAAAGGUGACUGGGGCAAGCUCCUGGAGCAGGUGGAUGCCCUAGCUUUACGGACCAGUCAGAGGGAACAGGAAGUGCUGAGCAUGGAGAGGUCAGUAGAGUGGUGGGAGGAGACUGUGGGAGGGAGGGAGCACAAGGAGGAGGUGGGAGGGGCCAUCCUGGAGAUGAAGUAGAAGGUGAGAGCGGAGGAAGUGGUAUACCUGAAACCAGAAGAGGACCUGCCUGCAGUGGCACAUCCCUUCCGUUCUGUUUAAACUCUGCCCGUGGGCAUGCAUUCUGAAUACACUGGCUUUCAUCACAUUGGCUCUUGUGCAAAUAUGAAGCAAAGUAGUAUAUGGAGUGCUUUAAAAAAAAACAUGAGCAAACAUGUGAGUCGAUCUUUCUAGGUAUGAGCAGAAUAAAUGCUUAUCUACAGGGUUUGCUGACCCUUGGUUAGAAGUUCAAAAUGCGCUAAUGAGACACACGGAUUACUUUGUUGCACGUGCCUGUGAGUUGUUUCUGGCUAGACUAUGUGUGUCAGAAACUCCAGCACUUGGUUUCAGGGGAGGCAGAGAUUUGAAUGGAAUGUGCCUACCUGACCAGUUCACCCUCAGAGGCUCAGAGACUGCAGCAGGCAGCUGUGUUUGCAAGCAUGCUGAUGGUG